UCCGCCCGCUCUCCGCCUGCUCGCUCUCCGCCUUUGCGCCCGCUGCCCCGCCGCUUUGCGCUGUCCUGGGAGCCCGCCAGGUGUGAGCAGCAAAAGAUGAGUCGUGGUUUUUCAGAAAACAAUAACUUUCCGUAUGACAACAAUCAAAUGGUUUUGGAUAUGAUCCUGUGUUCCCUAAUUGGUGUUUCUCAGCCUAUCAACUGGGACAGCGUGGCAAGGCUAGUUCCUGGAUAUACAUCCAAAGAGUGUGCAAAAAGGUUUGAUGAACUAAAAAGCACUGGAAGUUCACCUGUUGACAACCACUAUAAUCCCUUGAUGGCUGCUGAUGAGAAUCCUGUGGAAACUUUAGCUGUGUACAUCAAAUCCUCCUUGCUUGACACACGGACAGAAUUUCAGGACCCUGCUAUUGGGCAGGAUUCCAUUACUAUAACUGGAAGGCCCAGCACAACCACAAGGAAUUGUUCUUCAGAAUCUGACAAAGGUCCUGUGCAUAAAGGUGAAGAAAGCACUGCUGAGAGCCAGGGGCCAAAUAUGGUGAUACAUGUGUGUGAUGAAGCAAAAAACCUUAAAGAAGAUUUUGUUUGUCCUCGAGAUCUUUUGAUUUCCGAAAUGAAAUACUUCGCUGAAUAUCUAUCAGUGGAUGCCCAGCGCUGGGAAGAAGUGGACAUUUCGGUGCACUGUGACGUUCACAUCUUUGACUGGUUGAUCAGAUACGUUAAAAGGAACACCAAAGAUGGUGAAGCUUAUGAAAUCCCUGCUUUAGAACCAGCAAAUGUCAUAUCAAUUCUUAUUUCUUCUGAGUUUUUGAAGAUGGAUUCAUUAGUAGAAAAAUGUAUUCAUUAUUGUCACAAAAAUAUGAAUGCUAUUGUAGCCACACCUUGUAACAUGAAUUGUAUCAAUGCUAAUCUUGUUGCACAUAUUGCUGAUCUCUUUACUCACAAUGAACUGGAAGAGCUGAAGGACAAGAGAGACAAAUUUAAAAGUAAACUUUUCUGCAAGAAGAUUGAGAGACUGUUUGAUCCAGAGUACAUCAAUCCAGACUCUCGAGGAAAUGCAGCUACCUUAUACAGAUGUUGUUUAUGUAAAAAGCUGUUAACUAAAGAAACUGAAAGAAGAAUUCCGUGUGUACCAGGAAAAAUCAACAUAGAUCAACAUGGGAAUAUUGUCUAUGUUCAUAUAAGAGAUAAAACCUGGGAAGUCCAUGAAUACUUAAUUGGCCUUCAUGAAGAACUGAAAUCUUGGCAGGAUGUUUAUUGGCGUCUCUGGGGGACUGUCAAUUGGUUGACCUGCUCAAGAUGUAACCAAUCUUUCCUGUGUACUGAAUUCUCCCAUUGCCAGUACCAUCCACAGCCAGUUCUUUAUCCAGGUGUAGCAAGUGCUCUGGGGUCAACUGGGACAGGAGUAUAUGCAUGUUGCAACCAAAAAGUACUUCGAUUUGAUCCUACUACCCUCCCAAAGGGCUGUAAGGUGAGAGAUCACGUGACUUGUUUACCUUCCGGAAAUGAAGAUGGGGAUUCUUUGCCAUCUCAGACCACUAAAAUACUGAAUGAUCUGCUCCAUCACAGAGAUGUUAUUGUUGUUCCUUUUACUAAGGAUGAGAAUAGUGACUCUGGUAUUGGGCUCUGUGAUGAAAAAGGCAUUGAAUGUGAUGUGCUCGUAGAACCAAACACACCGUGGGGCCCCAAAACUGCAGAAAUCAAUGCUUUUCUUUCUCUGAAGAACUGGACUUUACAGCUGAAACAGCAGUCAUUGUUAUCUGAAGAAGAGGAGUAUACCACUGGUUCUGAAGUCACUGAGGAUGAAGUGGGGGAUGAAGAAGAAGUGUGCAGGAAACCAGGGAGAAAGGAGAAACUAAAGAAGUUCUAUAAACACCCAAAGAAAGGGGCUUCUUCACCUAGUAUUCAGAAAAAGGAGAAGCCAUCUGACAAGCCAGGUUCCCGAGAUGCAUCUCCAUUCACUGUAAGCAUGCAGCAGAACAAAUGGGAUGCCUCCAGGUCACUAAGAUUCAACCAAGACGCUCAAAGAGAAGACGACCAGAGGAGAAUGUCUGAGAUUACAGGACACUUGAUAAAAAUCAGACUGGGAGACUUUGGUCGAAUCAAGUCAAGAGACAGCAAAGAAUAUGCAGGAGGUAUUUAUUCGAGACUGGAAGCUCAGAUAAAGGCUUCAGCACAGGUCAAUGCACGACAAAUCAACACUGAGAAGAAUGCCAGGUCAAAAUCCCGUUUUGGUCAAGGUCGUCCAACAUAAAGACUCAUGAAAAAAUUGUAGCCAAGAAUACAUUACUACUUCCUGAAAUUGUACGGCACUCUUGAUAUAUGGAGAAUAUGCAUCUCCAGAAGCCUUGACUUGAUUCUUUAAGCCUUGUAUAUUAUUGUGUAUGAUAAAUGAACGUAAAUCCAAUAAGAUCUGUACUUAUUUUAAUUGUAAAUAUACUAUUUCUUAAAUUUAAAUUUAGUUGCUUUUCAGGCUGUUGUUUUGAAAUGCAUAGAAAAUAUUUUAUAAACCUGCAAAGUUAACUUAUUCAACUAACUUUUUUGUGGGGGAAGACAUAAAUAUGCCUUCCAAUAUGAGAGAAAUACUGGAAAUGAAAAAGCAAGACUACUGACUUCUGAAUACAUUCAGCAAUGUUAACAUAAGUCACGUGGAAUAUAUGUAUAUGUUACGUUGUAUUUGGUAGGACAUUUUAGGUCUUUCCUCUAGGGAUUUGCAUUUGAAGUCAGUGAUAGUGCAAUAUCUGUGAGUUAGACUAGUUAACGCAGAGUUUUACUGCAGUUCUGAGGCUUCCUUUCAUACAUCUACACAACUCUCAUUCAUGUGAAGGUGGCUAACAGAUGGAAACUAGACCUUCAAAGAUUAUUUAAAUGCCUCAUUGAUUCAGAUCUUGCAUGUGAAACACUUGAUUUACUUUUAUGUGAAGUUCACGCUUACUCGCAUACCAUAUCUGUUUCCUCUUGCACAAUACCAUGUUUGGUUCCCUUCUAAUGCCCAGACACAGCUGUUCCAUCUUUCAAUGCUGUACCACUAAAUUGCUCAGAGGAUAUGCUAUUAACUAGGCAUCUUUCAGUUGAAAGGAAUCAUUCUGAAGAGUUGUCCAUAUAGAUGUUUUGGGUCUAAUUUUAUUUUUCUGAAACCUGCCUCAAUAGUACUGUUUAGAAGUCACUUUCAAGUUCUGUAAUUGCAACAAUAGAGUACAAGUUUGUGUGUAUGUAAAAUACAGGGCUACCAAAACGAACUAAUUUGCCUCAAAAAUAGUUCACAUAUUAGCAAAGAGAAUAGCAAUAACAGUGGCUGAAUUUGAGUAAACAUAUUCUGAUCUUUUUGAGACAAGUAGUAAGAGCACUCAGGGAAAGUUUGUUCUGGACCACAGCUGUAAAAUGUGAGUUUGGAGUUAAGUCUGCAAGGUAGUGGGAUGUGGGGGCACGGAGUUCAGGCUGGGACAAGGAGAGGGAGAACGUGAUUGUAAUGCAUUCUUCUCUCCAUUCAGGCUUUUUUGUGUGUUUUGUGGCUUUUCAGUGGGCACUAGAAGACUGGGAUACCAAUGCUUGACAAUACUGCUUACAAGGUGGAAGAUUUUUAUUAAAAAUUAAAAUGAAUAAAUGCUGUUUAUUUCUGUAUUUUGUCCAAUGCAAAUUCAGAGCACAAUAAAACCAACAGGCAAAGCUGUGGAUUUCAAUGGCUUUGAUUUUUGGGCAGGUGUGCUCCAAUUAUAUUAAAUAAAUAAGGCUUUGUUAAUGUGCUGUGUCUGUUUGUAAGUAGUAAAGCUGCUUUAAACACUUACAGUAAACACUGGAAGACUGACUAUUGUUUUCUUACGGAAAAAUCUGCAGAGAAAAAAAAAAAAAGUAAUAGCAUAAGUGUUUUCUACAAUACUGUGACUUCUGAGAAUUGUUCAAAUGGUAAACUUUGCUGUGAAAGUUGCCAGCUUGUGUAUGUGUGUAUGUAUGCUUAUUUUUCUUAGAACAGUUAGCCAAAAAUGGAGGGAAGAUGCUGCUGGUUUUGUUGCAAACUCUGGUUUUAUGUGCCAAUGUUGUUAUAUUUUUUUCAAAAGUAUUUUGAGCAUAUGACAAUAACAUGCAUUGUGUGCAGCCCUUUUUCCCCUCUUGCCAACCACUUUUUUUUUUUAAAUU